AUGACCGCCGACGACCAGCACUUCCUCGACAUACUCGCCGGCGUCUCCAGCGAUAUACGCAAGUUCUCCGCCGACGUCGCGGAUGCCACAGACCGACACUUCGAAUCCGUCGCACUCUCCAUACGAGAAGCGCUCGCCUCCGCAACAUGGCUGCCUCAAUCCGCUCGACCGUCACGCCGCCCACCGCCUCCGGUCAAAGUAAGCCCUCCAGCUGGGUAUCUAGCGCAGGCGCAGGAUUGGGUGUCGCGCAAUAGAGCCAUCACGGCUGCUAUCGUUGCUUUCGUGGGAACAGGCGCCUUCCUCAUCUACUGCAAGCGGAGAGGCUACGCCAGAAAGCGAAGGGCGAGACGGGCCAGCAAUGGCGCAAGGAGGGAGGUUGUCGUCGUCGCAGGUCCUCCCAGUUCCCCCAUCACCAAAUCUCUAGUACUCGACCUCGAACGGCGCGGCUUCAUCGUCUACAUUGUUGUGAACAGCAGCGAAGAAGAGCAGACCGUCCAAGCCGAAUCGCGCGUCGACAUCCGACCGCUGCACCUCGACAUCGUUGAUACAUUUGCUACACAGGCCGCGAUGGAGCGUUUCAACAGCAUCCUUCUGUAUCCACAUCAUGCUUUCUCUGGCGCAUCUCCUCACAACCUGAACUUCGCCGGUAUCAUACUCGUGCCGGACCUGCUUUACCCUACGGGCCCAAUAGAGACCGUGACACCAGACCUGUGGAGUGAUGCGCUCAACGUCAAGGUACUCGGCACCAUCGCCACAGCACAAGCAUUCCUACCUACAGUAUGCGAGUUCAAGGCGAAGGUUCUCAUGCUUACCCCGUCCAUCGUAUCAAGCCUACGACCGCCCUUCCACGGCGUGGAGAGUGCCGUCGUCGGUGCAUUGGAAGGCUUCACAUCAUCCCUACGGCAGGAGCUCGACACCUUAGGCAUUAGCGUCUGCCACUUCAAGCUCGGGACGUUCGACUGUGGCGCCGUGGGCGGCAAGUCCCAUCUCGCGACCAUCGGGGAUCCGCAGACGGACAGCUGGCCGCCAUCCGCCAGGGCGCAGUAUGCCCAGAAUUUCGUCACGCAAAGCAGGAUUGCGGGCAGCAGAGGCCUCUUCAGCGGAAACAGCACGGUCGCGAAGGGGAGCUCGCUGCGGGAACUGCAUAAUGCGGUCUUCGAUGCGCUGACCCAGAAGCGGCCGCGGAAGGUCUGGAGAGUCGGCCGGGGAAGCGUCGCUUACGACAUUGUCGGUAACUGGGUGCCUGCGGGCAUUGUGGGCUGGAUGAUGGGUGUGCGCAUGGUGUCACUCGAUGAGGUGUCUGAGCCGAAGCUGGAGGACAGCGUUGGUACUUGGGAGAGGGUCGAGAAGGCUGUCUGA